CAGGUCCACCAGGUUGUGGAAAAACUCAGUUUUGUAUGAUGAUGAGCGUUUUGGCUACAUUACCCACCAACAUGGGAGGAUUAGAAGGAGCUGUUGUGUAUAUUGACACAGAAUCAGCAUUUAGUGCUGAAAGAUUGGUUGAGAUAGCAGAAUCCCGUUUUCCCAGAUAUUUUAAUACUGAAGAAAAAUUACUUUUGACGAGUAGUAAAGUUCAUCUUUAUCGGGAACUUAGCUGUGAUGAAGUCCUACAAAGGAUUGAAUCUUUGGAGGAAGAAAUUAUUUCAAAAGGAGUUAAACUUGUGAUUAUUGACUCUGUUGCUUCUGUGGUCAGAAAGGAGUUUGAUACACAACUUCAAGGCAAUUUGAAAGAAAGAAACAAAUUCUUGGCAAGAGAAGCAUCCUCACUAAAGUAUUUGGCUGAGGAAUUUUCAAUCCCAGUUAUCUUGACGAAUCAAAUUACAACCCAUCUGAGUGGAGCCCUGGCUUCUCAGGCAGACCUGGUGUCUCCAGCUGAUGAUUUGUCCCUGUCUGAAGGCACUUCUGAAUCUGGUUGUGUGACAGCUGCACUAGGAAACACCUGGAGUCACAGUGUGAACACCCGGCUGAUUCUCCAGUACCUGGAUUCAGAGAGAAGACAGAUUCUCAUUGCCAAGUCCCCUCUAGCUCCCUUCAUCUCAUUUGUCUACACCAUCAAGGAGGAAGGCCUGGUUCUUCAAGGCCAACAGAGGCCAUAGGGAUACUGUGACCUUUGUCUAGAGCUGAUGGGGGCGUGAUUUGUGAAAUAAAACAGGACCAUGCUGCUUGGAAGAAGGAAACGGAAGCCAACAUAAUGGGGAUUAAUUAGUUGAUUGCUGUUGAGAUGGUAACAGAUUUGCUCCUGGACCAUUGAGCCAGCGAUUUCAGACCUAGCAGGGAAGGUGAAGAUGAAGAAGCCUUUGUUCAAGUCUCUAGAUGUGUAGGGCUGAGGGCUUUGCCGCCAUGGGAUGUCAACAGCCAUAAUAAUAAUAAUUUGCACUUAUAUAGCACCUUUCAACCAGGCACCUCAAAGCGGUUUAACCACAUUAAUUAAUUAAAGCCCACAGUCCCCCUGGGGAGAGGAGGAGGAUGACUAACAAGAUUUGUAAUUACAGGAGGGAACAUUUCCGAAUAAAGUAUUGUCUACCA